CGCAUGCCAGCCAGCACCUCAUGCGCCACUCUCGCCCAUAAUGCUCGACACUUUUGAGAUACUCACCACCUCAGGAGUUGUGCUGUGGUCCCGUACCUAUGUCCCCGUCGGCGCAAAUGUCAUCAACAGCCUGAUCCGGGACGUCUUCAUCGAAGAGCGCAUCCAGCCUCAGGCCGACGACAUCGGCUCUAAGCCGGCGUACAAAAAAGAUGGCUAUACCCUCAAGUGGACUGCCGCAAAGGACGUUGGUCUCAUCUUUGUCGCUGUAUACCAGAGCCUCGUCCACCUCACAUGGAUAGACAAGCUCCUUGACAAUGUGCGCGCCCUGUUUGUCGGCCUCUACGGCGACAAGCUCCAGUCGGAUAGCAGUGUGGUCAACUGCGAUAAGUUUGGCACCUACUUCGAUCGCCAAAUGCACGAGUUGGAAGGCGCAAGCGAUUCGGGCGCCCCCAGCAUCAAGCUCACCACCCCAGAAUCAAGCACAGAUAACGACAGUGCUGACGACACCGCGAUCAAGCCUGCGGGCCUGCAAAAACCCCAACGGCCCUUGUACGAUACCAGCGCCGAUUCAACGCCAGUGCCUACCCCGGACACCUCGAGGCCCGCCACUCCAGCACAGAGCCAGUUGCUCACAGGCAAAUCGAGGCCGAUUGGAGGCAAAAUGUCUCGGAGGGAUAAAAAGAAAGCCUCGGCCUUCAGCUCUGCGCCUGUAUCGUCGGGUGAUGAGGCGUCAGCAAAGAAAAAGGGGAAGGGUUCCGCAAAAAAGGGCAGGGUGUGGGGCGAGUUUGGCGCAGAGGAAGAGGACGACUCUAUCCUCGACUAUUCUCAGUCAGAUGUACAGGGUGACACGUCAGGAAACGAAGCACUGGAAGAGAUCAAGCAGGAGACAUGGGGCCGCAAGACCAACAAGGGCGAGUUUGUACUCAAGGACCUCGACGAUGAGAUGGAUGCCAUCAUUGCAGCCCAAAAUGCAAAGAGGGACAAGGACACACCGGCUGCAGCUGGUGGCCUGGUUGGGUCGAGUCUAGGCGCAAUCGGUGGCCUGUUUAGGAAUGUGGUGGGCGGCAAGACACUGACCAAGGAAGAUCUCGCCAAACCUCUCAAGGGCAUGGAAGAACAUCUGUUGCGUAAGAACGUUGCGCGCGAAGCUGCAGUACGGCUGUGCGAAAGCGUGGAGCGUGAUCUCGUAGGCAUCAAAACACCCAGCUUUACUACCAUCGAGACAACAAUCAAGGCUUCAAUGGAGAAAGCUCUUACCAAGAUACUUACCCCGACUUCUUCCCUUGACUUACUUCGCGAGAUCCAGCACACAAAUUCUACCACUACUCGACCCUACGUACUAUCCAUUGUUGGCGUCAACGGAGUUGGAAAGUCGACCAACCUGUCCAAGAUUGCCUUUUUCCUGCUGCAAAAUCAUCAUCGUGUGCUCAUCGCAGCAGCGGAUACCUUCCGUUCUGGUGCAGUGGAGCAACUACGGGUACAUGUCGAUCGAUUGAAGGAGCUAUCCCAAAGAGAAGGCGGGCACGUCGAUCUGUUUGAAAAGGGUUACGGCAAGGAUGCCGCUAACAUUGCUGCCGAUGCCGUAACUUUUGCGACCAAGAACAACUUCAACGUAGUCCUCAUUGAUACGGCAGGUCGGCGCCACAAUGAUCAGCGGCUCAUGUCGUCGCUCGAGAAGUUUGGCAAGCUAGCCAACCCUGACAAAAUCCUCAUGGUCGGCGAAGCCCUCGUCGGCACAGAUUCUGUCGCUCAGGCCAGGAACUUCAAUGCCUCUUUUGGCCCAGGACGAAAUCUCGAUGGCUUUGUCAUUUCAAAAUGCGAUACCGUGGGAGACAUGGUGGGCACGCUUGUAUCAAUGGUACAUGCAACCGGAAUUCCAGUCGUCUUCUUGGGCACGGGGCAGCAUUAUAGCGAUCUAAGGACAUUGAACGUCGGCGCAGUGACGAGGCUACUCAUGAGUUGAGGUAAUGAUUGGUCAGUUCGUGAGAUGGCACGACUAUGUAGUGUAUAGUAUUGGGCUGUAUUAUGUCAUGAUUAUACAAGCACGCGUUGUUGCUUGAUUAUUUUUUUCC